AUGGACUUGUGGUGGAAUUCUUUGUUAGACAUUAUUCCUUUACCGAUUCUUAUUGGAAUGUUCAUAUGGACAUUUUCGAUGUGUUUUUUUUCUCUUUUUUUAUUUUUUAUUUUUAUUUUAUUACAUAAACGUUCAUCAUCAUUAGCUGAACUGGUUUCCGUAAAAGAAUUUUCAAAGAUGGAAACAAAUCGAAAAAGUGGAUUUAGUUGUGACAGUUUAUCGUUGAUGUCAGGUGAAACGACACGAAAUGAUAUUGAAGAUACGAUAAGUUCAUUUUAUUUAAAAAAUUCAAAUUAUUUAAAAGAAAAUAAGAAAAUGUCUUCGUUACCAUCAAUUAAAUUAUGUCCAAUUAUAAAUGAAAAUCGACAAAUAAAUACUUUACCACAAUUAUCUACACGUCGAUCGAUUAUAAGAGAUUUAACUUCAGUUUCAAAUUCAUUUAAUGAUAAGAAAAUUCAUCAAUCAAUUGAUUCACUUUUUUCAAAAGAUUCACUAAUUGAAUAA